AUGUUCAUUUUCAUCAACCAUGGAGAUAAUGAGCAGUUUCUGGUCAAUCCCGAAUGCUCUGUCCGCCGGUUGCUAUGUUACGUCCGAAGUAAAGUGGGGUUGCCUAAAAGAGACACUGUCGAUUUGUGUGAUGAAACGGGAACAAUGAAGAUGUUUUUCAUGACGAAGACCCCUGAAGAAUAUGCCAGCAAAUUCCUUACAACUCGAAGCACCUAUUACAUUUGUAAAGUGGAGCGUGGGGGACAAGGACCCGGUCUUCAGAAUUCCUAUAAAGCUUUCGUGCCCCUCCUGACGAAUCCAGAGCCUGAGCUACUUGAAGCGCUACGCACACAAUGUGAAGCCCUGGAGAGGACCCGACUAAAGUUGCUUAGAAUCCAAGAAGCCAGGAGGAAGGCCAUUCUAGCAGCCAAGAAGGCUGCUGAAGCCAAGAAGGCCGCUGAAGCCAAGAAGGCCGCUGAAGCCAAGAAGGCCGCUGAAGCCAAGAAGGCCGCUGAAGCCAAGAAGGCCGUUCCAAUUAAAUCUGCCAUGGCCACUACAUCCAAAUCUUCCAGACGAUCAGGUGGAGACAGGCCUCCUCGCAAGACUGUUGUCUUUAAGACCAAACCAGAGGUUCUCAAUAAGAAGGAUAAACGUCGCUAACUCAAUAAAGUGACCAAUUCCUCCGCCCCGCCUGCUCGCUCGCCCGUCGCCUUUCCUCCCACCCUCCCCCUUAUCCGAGGGAAGUAG